AUGGUUGCCAUCCGCACUCUGAGCCUUGCGCUCCUCCUGACAGGGGCCCUGGCUAUGCCCUCUCCCCAGGACGCUACUGCACCCUCCUCUGCAGUCUCUACCCCGCUCCCUAGUACGGCGGCCAGCUCCCCGGAUACGGCCUCUUCCCAGCUGGACCAGCUCGCCAACUUCGCGUACAACGUCACCACCGACAACGUAUCGAGCAACGCAGGCACCAAGCGCGGCAGCUGCUCGCUCAGCAACCUGCGCAUCCGGCGCGACUGGAGAUUCUUUUCCUCCUCGCAGAAGAAGGCGUUCAUCAAGUCGGUUCGGUGUCUGCAGCAGCUGCCUGCGCGUACCCCGUCCAGCAUCGCCGCCGGGGCAAAGACUCGCUAUGACGACUUCGUCGCGACGCAUAUCCAGCAGACCUUGAACAUCCACUAUACUGUAGGUUUGCAAGAUCCAAGCGAGCCCACGGCCCUCACUAACACUCAAAAGGGAACGUUCCUGGCCUGGCACCGUUACUUCAUCUACCAGUUUGAGCAGGCUCUGCGCGAUGAGUGUGGAUACACCGGUGACUACCCAUACUGGAACUGGCCCGCGGACGCCAACUCCAUGGAAACCUCCCCCGUCUUCGACGGCAGCGAUACCUCCAUGUCCGGCAACGGCGCAUACGUCGCCAACAAGGGGGACAUCGCGCUGACAAUGGGCAACUACCCGAUCAUCUACCUCCCCUCUGGCACAGGCGGCGGCUGCGUCACCAGCGGCCCUUUUGUCAACUAUACGGUCAACCUGGGCCCCGCGGCGCUGAAUCUCCCCGGCGGGACAAUGGAAGCCCAAUCCAACCCCCUCGACUACAACCCACGCUGCCUGAAGCGCGAUCUCACCACCGCGAUUCUCAAGCGCUACGCCAACGCCACCUCCGUCGUGAAGCUCAUCCUCGAGAACCGGGAUAUCUGGGACUUCCAGAUGGUCAUGCAGGGUGUCCCCGGCAGCGGCUCGAUCGGCGUCCACGGCGGAGGCCACUACUCCAUGGGCGGCGACCCCGGCCGGGACGUGUUCACCAGCCCCGGCGAUCCGGCCUUCUGGCUGCACCACGGCCAGAUCGACCGCGUGUGGUGGAUCUGGCAGGCCCUCGAUCUGAAGAACAGGCAGUAUGCCAUCUCGGGGACGGGCACGUUCAUGAACCAGCCGGCGUCGCCGAACACGACGCUUAGCACGGUGAUUGAUCUCGGAUAUGCUUAUGGGGGGUCGAUUGCCAUGCAGGAUCUGAUGAGUACGGUUGAUGGGCCUUUCUGCUAUGUUUAUCUGUAG